AUGUCGUAUGAGAGUAUGAAUCAGAAACAGCGCAAGCUGUAUGAUAAAGUCAAGAAGGCGAGUGGAGUGCUCAAUCUGCAGAAGAGCGAGGUUGGCGACGCUGAAGCGCAGGCGAUUGCUGAAGCGCUCAAAGUGAACACGACGGUUCUGCAAAACAACCAGAUUGGCGAUGCUGGAGCGCAGGCGAUUGUGGAGUCACUCAAAGUGAACACGACGCUGACUGAGCUCGGUCUGCAAAACAACCAGAUUGGCGAUGCUGGAGCACAGGCGAUUGCUGAGACACUCAAAGUGAACACGACGCUGGCUGAGCUCGCUCUGGGUGGCAAUCAGAUAGGAGAUGCUGGAGCGCAGGCGAUGACUGAAGCACUCAAAGUGAACACGACGCUGACCGUGCUCUAUCUGUCGCACAAUCAAAUGACCGAUGUGGGAGGACAGGCGAUUGUUGGAGCGCUCAAAGUGAACAAGACGCUGACUAGCCUUGAGCUGAAAAAAAACUUUCUGACCAACACUGGAAUCACUGCACUCAACGAAACAGGCAAUACCGUUUGUAAAUUGGAGAGCCUUGACAACCAGCGUGCACCAUCGCCUGCCGACUUGGCUCAGAUUGCAGCUCGUGCCGCUGCAAAUCCGGCAACUGAGGUUCAGCAAUUGCGCUCCAAACUGGCUGCCAAAGACCAGGAGCUAGCGGCCAACAAGCAGGAGCUCGCGACCAAAGACCAGGAGCUGCAGCAACUUCGCUCCGAUCUGAAGUCAGCUCUUGAUCGAAUUGACGUAUUUGAGCGCAACGAACCCCCCGUUGGAUCCUCAUCGAACUUUGACGGACCAAUCCCGCCAGUUUCUCUCGCAACUCUUGUCACCGCGACGAACAAUUUUGCUGCCGAUUCACUGAUUGGCGAAGGAGCAUUUGGUCGCGUGUACUCUGCCAUUAUGCCUGGCACUCGUGUUGCCAUCAAAAAGCUGUCCGCCGAAUCCAAGCAGGGCGCUGCCGAGUUCAAAUCUGAACUGGACUCUUUGUCGAAAUUCCGCCACGCAAACAUUAUUGCCAUUCUGUCGUAUGCUGAGCAAGGCGAUGAGCGAUGCCUGGUGUACGAGUUCAUGCCAAACGGUUCUGUUCGCGAUCGUCUCAGCCUCAAGAAUGAUAGGCCUCCGCUGACCUGGUCGCAACGCCACCGCAUUGCUGCCGAUGUCUCCCGCGGCAUGCACUAUGUCCAAACCGCGUUCCCUGAUCAUGUUCUGUUCCACCUCGACCUCAAGACGGACAAUGUUCUGCUAGACGCAUACCUUAAUGCGAAAGUGUCUGAUUUUGGCUUGGUUCGUGCUGCCCAACACCUCGAUGAAAAGAGCUACCUUCGCACGCAGACUGUUCAAGGUACCGCUGUUUACAUGUGUCCCGAGUUCCUAUUGGAGGGCAGAAUGACCACCAAGACAGACGUCUACCCAUUCGGCAUGAUUCUGCUCGAGUUGGUGACCGCCGCCAAGCCUGGUCCCAGACUGAAAACAGACAUGCGCAAAGCAGUGAAAAACCAAAAAUCCAUCGAGAUGCUGGACUCGGCCUUGAAACCAACCGAAGCCGAGCGCCAGAGCAUCAGCGAGGUUGUCACUCUCGCACUCGAGUGUCUUGAGGACGAUGCUGACGAUCGCCCAUCCUUUGGUCGCCUCAUUGCUUCGUUGGAUGCUUGACGAUGGGAGCUGGCGUGCAUUGGUUUCACAGCAAUCAUUGGAGAAUCGAUUUACUGCGAACGAGAACCAAGCCCUCUCCCUCACUCUUCACGACAAGCUGCCUUUUGCGCACGUUUAUAGAAUGCACAUUCAAUCGAUGUUUCGGAGGCGCGGCGUGGGUGAUUGUUGAUCAUGCAGGGAUGUCAGGUUGUUUGGCUGUUCUCGCUCGUUCGGCUGGCUGUUCUUGUCUUUUGUCAGCGAUUGUGCGUCGCGAUCGCAAAUCUCCAUCUCGGAUCUAGUAAAUCUCUCACGCCAC